UGAGUUUUCCACACCAUUUUCUCGGCUGGAAAAUGCAAAUUACGAACGAACGAAAGUGUUGUCGCCUACUGAAGAAUAGGAACGUGACCGAGUCAUUGGGAAAAUAAGCAGAAUUUGUACUUUGAUUGCGGGGCUGGCGAAGAAAGUCUUGCAUCGCUUAAAUCGAGACCAACAUUUAGCAAUUUAGGAUCUGUCAAGUGUAAAGUGAUUUUUAUUAGAUGAAUAAUGUGUCACGGAAAGGCCAAAGAAGCUAAUUAAUGAGCCGGCUCCAGUGCGAUGAUUGAAUGAUGGCCCCAGUGGAGCACGCCAUGCACCACCUACCCAUGGUUUCUAUAUCCACUCCAAAACCUAUGCAAAAUGUGUGAGGCCGCGGCUCGUGUGAUUCGCUAACAUGCUAAAAAUUAACGUACAUUGCGCCUAAACGGAUUGCAUUCACCGCUAAUUGCCUACAAAUUAAAAAUUAGAAAAAAAAAAACAAAAAACAACUAGACAGUGAAACAGUGAAUUGCAAACAGCGAUUUGCAUCCGCAGCUGCGGCAUUCCGCGAGUGUUUAGCACGUCCAGCCCCCCAGGAGGAAGAGGAUGGUCACCUGCAAGGUGGACUCCCAAACCGCGGUGGCUGUUCCCAAAAUGAAUCCGGUCCGGACACGCGGAAAGCCCGCCGGCAGCAACAGCAAUAGCAAUUCUUCCGGCUUUCGGCUCCUGGACGGCGACCAGCUCGAAAACAAUUCGAGUGUCAGCCGCAACUCGAUCUACAAACUGAAGAUCGAUCUCAUGUUCGACGAUUCCAGAUCCAUGCGAAGCAGCCGCCUCGACGAUCCCCGGGGAUCGCAUCGCACUCGCUCCAUCAUCAUGUAUGGGCGCAGUGAGUUGGCCAGCACAUCGGGGGACACGCCCCGCUCCCUCAGCAGUUUCCUGCAGGAGAACGGGCAGUCGGCCAAGGUGCUGGCCGAGGCGGCCAAGAAGGACGUGCAGCGGAUCAGCAACAGCGUGCAGGCCCAGAUCGAGCAGAUGUUCACGGACGUGGCCAAGGACGCGACCAGCAGCUUCGAGGUCACCUGCCUGGGAUCGCUGCCGCUGAAGGACAAGGUGACCAGUCUGCAGGGUCUGCAGGAGCCACUGCGGCAGCUGUACCUCAGUGAGGUCACCAAUAAGCACAAGCUCAACUCCGGAUCGCUGGAUAUCUGUGCCACCGGUCUGAGGGUGAAGGUCAGCGCCCUGGCCAUCUCAAGUGGUGCGGGUGCUACGGAGGAGAGCGAUGCCCUCAUCACUCCCUUUCACAACAUUGCCGUUUGGUCGGCUGUGAAGUUCGUCAUAUCGGAUGAUGAUGGUGGCGCCGCCUUCUUGCCCCUGAUCACCGAUCCCGAGAACAUUGACAAGACUGCCCUGUUCCAGCCACUGAGCUCCAGCGAGAAGCUGGCGGUGGAGCACAGCAUCCAUGUGCACGCGCCCAUCUUCGCGGUGGUCAUGCGCUCGGCCAGUUCGCCCAAGGUGCUCGAGUGCCAUGGAUUCAUCUGCAAGAGCACCGAGGACGCCAUCGUGAUUGCGGCCACUCUGUACCAGAGCCUUAUGGCCCACGUGAGCACCAGUUCGCGGCGUAACACCCAGCGGAGGACUCCGCGCCAGCAGAACGGGGUUAGCUGCAUCAGCAUCGCCAGUAGUUCAGCCUUGGCCAGCUCCAACUAUCUGUCCCGCUCCCAGAUAAUCCCCAGUGCCUGUGGGCGGCGCAGCUCCUUCCGCGGAAGCACCGGAGGGGGUGGUGGUGCUCCAUCCCGAUCUGGACGGAAGAAAAGGGUCUCCAAUAGCUCCUUGAGCUCGCACAGUAAUGUGAUUAACGAGACUGCCGAGCUGGAAACCUCGACGGAGGAGCGUAGGCGCAAGUCGCACAAGUCGAAGCGGGCUCCUCCAGUUCCCACGACGGUUCCUGGUUCCGGAGCUCACCGACCCGGCGGCGGAGGACCUUCCCGGAAUGGCAGCAUAGUAUGCGGCAAUGGUCACGUGAACCGACUGCACCAGAACGCUCAUCCUGGCAAGAAGUCUUCGGAACUACCUUCGGGAUGUGGGGAUGUGGCUCCCGCCAACGGAGACAUCCUUACAAGGGUAGCCAUUCCCAGAUCCGGCAGCUUCCUCAACACCGGAGGAUUGACACGUUAUAAAUCCCGGGCAGCGAGACGUCAUUCAGGCAAACUGGGAGGCGGAGGAGGCGGUGGAGGAGGGUUUGGCCUGGUUGAUUGGCAUCGCUUGAAUUGUGCUUCUAGUUCCCCACUUGGUUUCAGCGAACUGUUUAACGAAUUUCGCCUGCACGAGAACCUCCACUCGCUGGACGACAUCCUGUACGCCAUCAUCGACGCCGAUGGCAUGUCCUUCAACGACCUGAAGCCCAUCUACAAGGAGUUCCUGCUCAAGCUGGCCGUCACGCUCACCCAGGACGAGCUCUUCCAGCGCUCCAAGAACAUCAUGCGGCGCCAAAAGAAGAAGAAACAGAAGCGCAAGGCCAGCGUGAAUGGGUCGCAGAAGAAGACAAAGAGCAGCUUUUUCGGCACCAAGAGUCUGAAGAAGGUCUUUCAGCUGGGUCAGUUCCGCUCGUGCCGCGGCAAAUUGACCAAACCGGCGGUGAAGGAGUCCACCCUGGAUAGCCAGCGCAAGCGUCAGAUCAGUCCGCCCAUCAUCAUCGGACCGCCCAUCAGCCACAGCCACGCCCAGCAGCAGCACCAGCGGAAUAGGGCGGCCACCAGUGGCUCCGAUGUCUCCGUGGUGCGGAACGAGCACACCCAGGGACUCAACCGAAACAGCAGCAGUGGAUACGUCUCCUGCUCGGAGUGCAGCUACGACUCCGAGUCCUGCGCCUGUGCCUCCGCCGAUCGCUGCUACUGCAGCCUGCGUACGGAGCACCUGAACCACAAGCUGCGUCAGAAGAACGAGCGCAACAUGGCCCUGGCCACGCCCACCCGGAAGCCCGCCAACGGAGGUGUCCUGCCCCAGAACGUGGCAGGUGCUACCGGCACCAACCGGCACUCGCUGAUCUCUUGCCGCUCCGACGACAAGUGCUACUGCUCCAUGGUGGAGGAGGAGCCGCCCAGCUCAAUGGAGCGGGAUUCGGCCAACAACACGCACACGGAGACGACCACGUCCUGCGACUCGGACAGCUGUGUGAGCGCCAGCAAGUGCUACUGCAAGCGGACCCAUCGCCGGCAGCGAUCCUCGGCAGCGGCGGCCAUCAGCGAGGAUUCACUUUCGCAGCAGCAGCGCAAAUCCCGGCCAGGAAACGCGGGAGCUGGAGCUGCACGCAAGGGCAAGCCCUCGGAGAAGUUGGGCCUGGACUACGAGCUCUUCAGUAUCAGCGGAAGUGGCCAGUCGGUGCAGCCCCACGAGGCACUCAGCGUGAAGAAGAGUGUGGAGGCGGCGGCGGUGUUCGCGGACAUGAAGCUCAGCCAGACGACAGACAUCAAGAGCCUGUGCCCGCCGAAGGGACCGGGCUCGCGGGUGGGCAACGGCAGCUGCCGAUCGCACGCCUCCUCCAGGAGGUCCUCGUACCGCACCCGCGAGUCCUUCAGCACGGAUCGCUUAAGCGGAGGACUGCCGCUUCCAAUGCCCCUGAGCAAGGGCGUGGGAUUGGGCGGAGUGGGCGGUGGGAGCGCCGACAACCUGCUGGCCAACCUCAAGGCCAUGGAGGCCAGGGCCGCCUCCAUUCGCAGCAGCGCCAGCAGGAGCCGCAUGGGCAGCUAUCAGUCGAUGCGGGCGGUUAGCGCCUCCCUGGAGGACUCGCUGGGGUACUUGCCAUAGACCAGGAUGUGGGAUCCGACACUCGUCCGUUACGAUGUACAUAGCUCAUAAGAUUACACCUAAAGGAUAUACUUAUAUACUCGUAAACCUAUUAUCCCUCGUAAGGCUUAUGUUUCCCAAGACAAUGGUCGCGCUUUUCAUAUACAGGUGACUAAUUAUCUUGUGAAACGUAAUCAUAUGUAGCCCUAAGUACCUCCUAUAGAACAUCCAGUGUGACUUUAUCUCUAAGAUCCUAUCCGUAGAAAUCGAGGUGCAAUAUGAAGACCAACCAUUUGGGAAAACACGAGUCCCACUUAUUUAAAGCAGUGCAAUAUUUAUAACUAAUGUUAAAAAUAAAAACUAUUUCUU